UAAUAUUGAAAUAAAUAUAUUUGAUAAAAUUCUAAAUUUUAAUGGACAACUACAAACUACAGAAGAAAUUAAUAAUUUAACUAGAGCUAAAACUGAAACUGACAAAUUUAGCAAUUCAGAAGAAUUAUAUCCUUUAACAAAAGAAUAG